AUGGUAGCUGCUUGGGAACUCCCUAUUAGAGCGGGUUUUGGUGGAAUCAUCAGAAAUUCUGCAGGUUUAUUCCUUAAAGGUUUCUCUGGUUAUAUUUCAACAAGUUUUGACAUUUUGUUUGCCGAGCUUACAGCAAUCCACCGUGGUAUUCUGCUGGCCAUAGAUUCAGAUAUCGACGAAAUGCUCCUCACUGAGCAUGCCUCCAUUUACCACACCUAUGCUGUUUUAAUUCAAGAUAUCAAAGAUCUCUUGUCUUCAAGGAAUUUCACCGUUCAUCAUUGUCUAAGAGAAGGAAACCAUUGUGCUGAUUUUUUAGCUAAGCUCGGUGCCAUUUCGAAUGAAGAAUUUUCAACUUACGAUACUUCUCCAAGCGACCUCCUUCCGCUGAUUAAGAACGACGCCAUGGGAGUUCUUUACUCUAGAGCUUAG